AUGGUACGAUCAGCUCCAACAAAUUCUUAUUUCACAAAUUCUCCUCUACAAUUUUCUUCAACGACUCGUUCAUCUUGUACUGAUUCAAACUAUCAUGGAGAGAACUUUUUGGGAAAGAUAAAUAGUUUUGAUGUACGUAGUAAAAGCCAUCGUAAUUCUGCUCAGUUUAACAAUCAGGAUCAACAGAAAUAUGCUAUUAAUACUUCAAUACCUACUGCAUAUCAAAUAUCAACUCAUACAACUUCUAUUGAAUCAAAUCCUCAUUAUUUACUGAAAAAGAAACUACUGUCAUCAUAUGAUUCUGUUGCACCUAAUAUUCAACGUCAAACUGAUGUACCAACUAAUACAUCUAUUUUUGACGGUUCCGCGCAAGGAAGUAACACUUAUAGUAAUUAUACUGAUGAAAACAUGAGUACGAUUUCAAGAAGAGCUAACUCUCUCAAUCAUAAAUUUUCAACUACUGGAUCAACGAUCAACUCAGCUGCUACACCGAAACCAGAAAAAGUGUCGAAAAUGACGAAUGACACCACUGCAACCUGCGAAAAUGGGCAAAUAAAUUCUAGAAUAACCAGAAAAAGUAAUUAUUCUUCUCAUAUACACAAGGAGAACAGGUCAACAGUGCAUGAGAAUAUGGCGUUUCAGAAGGAAAACAUUUUGGAUAAAUCAGAACAAAAUAUGACUCGUCGAACUACUUACAAUAAUUAUAAACGAUCACAUGCUGAAAAUAACUGGAAACAAGUAUCACUACCUCAUCAAACUACUUUUGGAAUAUUUAAAAACUCAGCUCAGACUGAUUUAGUAGACUCUAUGAAUUAUGGUAACUCAACAAAAGGAAUCAUAGGUACUACAUUUCCAAUCAGUCCAGUUGAUUUAGAACAAGGCAAUGAUCGUUUUCACCAAAAUGUAUUAAUAUCAGAUGAACAUAACAUUUUGCCAAUACAAGAAGGUGUUAUAAGUCAAGCUUAUACUUUGUCUUAUGAAAUACCAAUGGUAUCAAUUCCAAGAAAACUUUCUAAAGAAUUUGAUACAAAUAAUUUUCGUAAGUCUAAAAUAGGUAAAUCAUCAGAACAUGAAUUUAUGAAGCGUCUUCUACAAGCUCAUCAUAUCGUUGAUGAAUUACUCAGAUCCAGAGGUUUGAAACCCGAAGAUGAAUUAAAAUAUUUGCAAAAGUUGACUCAAAAACAAGAUUGGAAGUUAAAAGUAGAAGAGGAACAAUGCACAUCAAGUGCUCUUGAAUAUAAAGGAUCUAAAAAUAUUAAUGACAGUCUCGAGAACUUAGAAGAUUCCCAGCAAGACUGCACAUCUGAUUCUGGGUUUUCUAUGGAUGCUGAUUCAGAAAAUGAUUUACGAUGCAGUCCAAAAUUAGAAAAUCAGAAUUCCCAAGAAUUUGGGAGUAAAAGCUCAUUGCCCGCAAAUAAUUUUGAAGCACUUUGUACAGAAACUGUUGAAAUUGAUGUAUUUGAGAAAAAUGCACGUGAAAACGUACAUUUAAAAGCGAUUAUUGAAAAACCACAGAGGUGCUGGCAGUAUGCGUAUACAAAAAAAAUACAACUUCACCAAAACAAAGUAUCUCAUCGUAGUAAAAGUCGCAGUAUUCAAAAACAUUCCAAAAAAACUGUCAAGCAGGCAGAAAAUGCGAAGAAGGAAAAUUCGGAUAAAACAGGUACUACUCUAGUUUCAGCUGAAAGUCAAAAAUCACAUCAAUAUGGAGAUUUUGCAAAAAUACAAGCACAUAGAGAAGAAACAAAACCAUGUCAAAAAAUGAUUUCUUUGAGAGUUAACGGACGAGAGGCUAAUAAACUUAGUGAGAUAGUAAAUGUGCGCUUUUGUUUUGUAAAUUACUCGCAAAUAGCUGAAGAAGUAACAGUUUUCUUGCCAUUAGCACGACAUACAGGUGCUACAAAGAGUGUUGCUUGUUUCGUCAAAAAAUCUUCAACUAAAAAAGAUGAGAAAAUGAAAUCAGAGUGUCAAGAAAAUGAAGAAUCGUUGAAUGUUAGAUUAAUCAGAGCAACAGGAAAAUUGCCAAUGUAUAGUCGAAGAUUAGCGAUACCAUUUCCAGAGUUGGAAAAUAUAUUGUCAAGAAAUUUUACAAAGUUAGAAUCAUUAGAAUCUAACGAAGAUGAAGGAACAAAGAAAACUAAAAUAAACAACAAUGGAUAUGUUCAAGAAGAGAUGAAAGCCGAAACAGACCUCAUAUUGGAUGCAUCUAAAAAAAAAUCGGCAAAGAAAAUGAAAGCAAUAGAAAGUACAAUUGAAGCAUUGACGGGGGCAAAAAAAAGCAAUGGAAGCUCUCAUUCAAAACAAAAAGUUGCUACAGAUUCUAAGCAACAGCAUUUGUACACAGUAAGUACAUCGCAAGUUUUAUCACGAUUACCAAAACUAUUUUUCAUAGAAGUAACAUCAUCAUUACCACUGAGAUCACAAACAAUAAAAUUAGUGCGAAAGAUAGUAAUUAAAUCGAUGGCAAAAGCUGACAGAUGUAAAAAAUUAGCAGCUGAGGAAUCAAAUAAAGAAACUUUCAUUCUGAAAAAAGCUCAUAAAGCGUUGCAAAACUAUACAACGGUGGUACCAAAACAUUAUCAAACAAUAUUACGUUCAACUAGUAUAAAUGAAAAUGAUGUACUGAAGAAAUUGGAUUGUAAAGAGGAUUCAGAUAUAAAACGAGCAAAAGAACAUUUAAGACGUAUCAAUUUUAAUCGAAAUGGGAAAAAGAUGGAAUCUCAAAAUUCAGUUGUUCGAAGAAAUAAUGAUAAGUCUGUAAAAUUAUCAGAUAAAAAAAUGAGAAAUUGUAAAUCUUCCACUGAUCCAAAGCAUCAAAUGUUAUCGGAAGUAAAAAAGUCAGAGAAUAUGAUAUCGCAAUCAAAGGUAGAAGAAAAUUUAGAAACAUUAAAAGUGUGUACUGCAUCUACACAAGAAAAAUGUCAAAGUAAUUGUCAAGAAAUUGAUGUAAAAAAGCAUAAUGAUAUUCUUGAACAAGAGUUAAUUAAUGAAUAUCGACGUACUCAAAGUAUUCCUAAGCCCCAGGCCAUCAUUCCAAUUUGGAAUGUGUAUGAUGAACGAGGACAAGCUGCUCUUAUUAUAAGAAAUCCACCAAAACUGCGUCUUGGCAAUCAAUCUAUAAUCCCACCAGCACCGCGUUUCAUUCGUGCUCGUACGCCAGCACCAAUUAAUGUUACUGUUAACGCGCCAAUUUCCCCUCCUUCAGUAACACAUCUACGUCACGUUACGCUAAAUCCUUUACCAGUUAUAACUUUACGAACAAAAGCCAGUUCUUUACCAAAUGCUAGAGAUAGUGUAGUUGUGGGGAACGGCUUGCAGCAGCAGUCACAUAGCAAUCCGUUUGGUGUUGUAUUAAAACGUGUCGAUCGUGUCUGGCUACAAAAAAGCAAAACAAAUGAUGCUCAAACACAGUUAGCCCCUAAAGCACCUCUGGUACCAAAAUGGCGGCAACCACAGCGCUCUGAGGAGGAAGAUGAAGACGAAGAAGAAGAAGUACAAGAAGAAGAAGAAGCAAAAACUGAAGAAAACACAAAAGUGGCGCCAUCCGUUGAAAUGGUCAAAGAAAGCAAAAGCAGUGUAAUUGAUAAUGAACAUGAGGAAAAACAAAUAUCCACGCGACUUUCAUCAAGACGACCAUCACAAGCUGUUAAUGAAAAAGACGACAAGGAUAUGACAGAGGCUGAAAAAGCAAUGAUGGAAGCAAAAAGGCGUCAAGAAGGAGAAGAAGCAGUAAAAUUGCAAAAAUAUGAAGAGAAACGACGCGUUGAACGUGAGCGAGAAGAAGAAGAGUUAAGAAAAUUGAAAGAAAAAAAAGAGCGAAGAAAAGUUGAACGUGAAGAAGAAGAACGUCAAUUUCAAGAAAAACUUCGCCAGGAAGAAGAAAGAAGGAAGCAAGAAGAGGAAGAGCGUAAAGCGAAAUUAGAAGCUGAAAAGCGUAAGAAAGAAGAAGAAAAAAGAAAACGUCAACAAAUGUUAUCAUCGCAAUUUGCAACUGCGAUGUCAGGUCAAACAGGACGUAAUUUUGUGAUUUCACAAAAGUCAGAUAAGGCAAAUAAAUUUGGUAACAUUGUACAAGCCAAACAAGAGAUGAGCAUGACUAAAGAGCAACAAGAGGAAGCUAGACGUAAUUAUUUGGUUUCUAUAAAACGUACUAUCGAAUUUGAAAAUCUUACUGCACCAGAAUUACGGGACAAAAUACGUCAUUUACAUCAACGUAUUUGUAAACUAGAAGCUGAUAAAUAUGAUUUGGAAAAACGACAUGAGCGUCAAGAAUAUGAUUUACGUGAACUCAAUGAGCGUCAACGUCAAGUAGCAAGGAACAAAGCACUUAAAAAAGGAAUCGAUCCAGCCGAUACGAAUUCUAAACAUCCGCCAAAAGUAUCGAUAGUAAGCAAAUACGAUCGACAGAUUGACCGAAGAAAUUUUAAAGAACGCAGAGCUAUGUUUGAAAAUAAAAAUGCAUAUCCAUGUUUUCCGAAUGUUCCUCCACCAGCAGCUAUUUACACCAAGGUGAUUCUCUCAGAGGAUAAGGAGAAUGAAGCAGAAGAUGAGGAUGAUGAAGAGGCUAUGGAGCAAGCAGAAGGAAGUGUAGCAAACGAAACCGAUAAUGAGAUGGAAGAUGAUUGA